GGUGCGACGUAAAAGUAGCCCCAAACCCCGACACCCGUGACCAAUACAUUUUCACGUCACAUCCUUUUCAAAGUAGCCCAAUUUGCAGGAACACUGCGUACAUGGCAACCCAUCUUUAUGGACACUGUAGCCUCGAUUUAAUCUAGAAUUUGAGAUAGGUUUGGCGACCAGCGUGACUAUAUUAUUAUCUGUUUAUUGUUAGAAAGUGGCUUUAGAUCUUAUAUCAAAGAGAUUCAAAUCGAUGAAUUUGGUCUUAGAGGAUGUAUAAUAGUUAACUUAUGUCUAUGGCCCAAAACUGAUUAAGCCAGUAAAUACACUUUAAAUAGCACUCUUGCAAACAAUUGAUCAAAAGAAAAUCCCCAAAUGACUUCUCAAAAUGCACUUGAUUUUAUCUCUAGGGGGAGAUAAAAUCAUUAAACUGAGAUGAGCUAAAAUCAUAUUUCUUUUCCAUUUAAAAGACAUGCCUAACUUCUGUCUCAUUCAUAUUUUUUUCAAUUUUAAACUCUCUGAUUCAGACGGGUUGGGUUAAUGAGGGAGACACAUUUCAGUUGAAUGCAUUCAGUUGUACAACUGACUAGAUAUCCCCUGUUAAACACAUGAACCAGAAAUAGUGAAUUGUCUGCAGCACAUGAUCAAUACCAGCAGAGGUCUACAAUGAUUCUAAAAUAGAAAGUGUCAGUAUGAGUAAUCCAAACUGGCCCCCCUCAAAUGCAAAACUCCAUGUGGGUUGGCUAGAGUCCAAUGCAUAGUUUCUCUGAUUGGUUGUGUGAGAAACUAUGUGAGCAAAAUAUGCAAAUUGGCUCGAAAUUGCAGUUGAAAUCACUGGCUCUCAUGCAUUGGGAGACUGAACUUCAGAGAGAGCAAGGGGGGCAUGCCUGCUCAACACUACUGACUGCAAGUUAUGAAUUCAUGACAAGAUACUUGAAAAAAACUCGUUAUUACAGUACAUUUUAAAGCAUAUCUUGUUCAAUCAUCUUUGUCUUGGAACCUCUCUCUUCAUUUUUCAAAUGAGUGCCACGAGGUACCUCCACGUAUUAAAUUCAUCAGCAAUGUCGGUUCCUGUUAUGCCUGUAGACAUCGCUAUGCGCAUGUAUAUCACACACUCGCCACCUCUCCAUAGCUUCCUCAGUUCCCAUGAGGACUUGAGGGCCAGGAACCGGGCAAACCACUACAAGCCCCUACAGCCCUGCAUCUGCUCCCAGAGGCCCCUGGAGGGCCCCAGUCUGGUCUGGAAGAGCCCCAAGACAACCAUGAAGACCUCAAAGGGCAAGAAGAGAGUGGUCUUCGCCGACUCCAAAGGCAUGUCCCUCACAGCCAUCCACGUCUUUUCAAAGUUUGAUGAGGAGCCUGCGCUGUCCAACUUUCAAUUUGACCUCAUAGACCUGGAGAAUGCCACCAUGGAGCUGAAGAUCUGCACCAAGCGAAGCCUGGCGCUGGACUUUCCCCAACCCGCUGCAGACUAUCUGGCCUUCCGGAACCGGCUGUUGAAGAAUUCUGUGUGCCUGGAAAACUGCACACUGCAGGAUAAGUCACUCACGGGCACCGUGAAAGUCCGAAACCUUGGCUUUGAGAAAUCUGUCCAUGUCCGGGUAACUGUUGACUCAUGGAAAACCUACACAGACAUUGACUGCACCUUUAUGAACAACGUCUACAGUUUCCAGGACACAGACACAUUCGCCUUUGUCUUCAAACUGCCCCGUUACGUACCUCCUUAUAACAGAUUCGAAUUCUGCAUAUGCUUCAGAAGCAAAGACCAGGUUUUCUGGGACAAUAAUGACGGUAAAAACUACAUUCUCAAACCAAUUGGGUGGAAUGGAGACGAUGUGAAAACAAUGCCCAAAACCCCUGUUGAGCGUAAGAAACCAGAAGAGCACAAGAACUCCAGUAAACUACUGGAGAUGGGGUUUGACCAGUUUGCAAGUCCCCGCUCAUCAAGUGGACUCUUUCCUGGGUUGCAAAGCUGGGGUCGAAUUGAGAAUGGUGCCAACUACUGGUGAAAUUAGGGAAGACUUUCAGCUACAGUGAAGAGUUAUAACAGGGAUACACUUGGAGCAGAGGGAUAGCAGUACAAGUGACAUAACUUAUCUUAAAAUGUCAAAAGCUGCUUUGAAUGCAAUGAAGCACAUCAAGAAAUAAAAAGUGUAUGGAAAAAUGAACCAUGGCUAGUUUCUACUGCUAUUUGGUUACCAUAGAGAUACUUUCUUAAUAUGAUCAGAGAGAUGGAAGCAAUUGAUUUUAUUUUUUAUUUUACAUGUGAUUCUUGUGUAAAGUAAGUUAGUGCCUUCUCAAUAUCCUUCUUGUUAUAAAACAAAUAUCCAUUGAAAUUUAAGUUUGACAAUCUGUAACCUGGUAUUAGCCCAUUUUCAGGGUUGGAAUUUAUCGUAAGCAAAUGCACUGAUUGAGAUGAACUUCCUGAUUUCCAUACAUACAGUAUGUGGUGGGAUCGGACCAAUGGGAUGUCCUUCAUAUUGAAGGGUAAUAGUGGUAUCAUCCAUCUGUGAAAAAAUAAAAUACAAAUGUAUAUACAUUUCUCAGUAAAUAAGGCAAAUUAUAAAAUGUACCUUCAACAUCCUUUGUACCUUCAAAAUAUAUGUUUUUAAUGAAGACUCGUGUCAUUUGAUUUCUCAACAUUGCUGUCUCAUGUAUCUCUUUUCAAAUGCUUAUUAUUGUAUUUGAUGCAAUGUGAAGUUGUAUUGAUAAGAUACAAUCAGGAAAUGUAAUUAUCACGGCCUGUUGUCUCAUACAGGAGUUAAUGCUGGUAUGUUUUUCUUUCCCAAUAAGUGCCCUGAUAAUGUUAAGUCAGUAUUACAGAACUACGCCUUGUGGUGGACCUAUUCUAUGUUUAACUGGGCUCUAUGAAUGGUGAUUGUUCUUAUUUCUAUACGUGUAAUUCUGGUGUGAGUGUUGAGCAGUGGUGUGGCUGAAGUAUGUAUGUACACUAUUUUAUAUUAUUACUGUGAAAAAAGGUUGGUUAUUGUGCUCUUGAAUGUGUGCUUAAAGUGUAUGUGAUCUUUUUAGAAAUAAAAUGUUAUAUUGUACAAAACA